AUGAAAAAGCCUAAUUGCGCUCUGAUUGUCGUGUUUUUCCUUCUUUUUUUGAAUUUAAUAUUUUUAUUUUUACAAAAUAUAAUGCAAAUCGUCACUAAAGUCUUUAUAAUAAAUAUACACGCAUGUAUAUAUUAUUGUCACAGACUUGUCUUAAUAAGGAAAGAAAAGACACAGAGGGAAAAGGAGCAGUGUGCAAUUGUCAUUAUGACUUGA